CGGCCUCCUGCACGCUGUCUGCCAGCCGCAGAGCUCCGAGAGCCCCACGGCUCGCUCUCACAGGGGCCCCCGCCGCUUCUCCCGCGCCCGGGCAUUCAUCCUGCCAGAGAGGAGGCGCCCUCUCUUAUCUUAAGUGCUCCCGAGAUGGCGCUGGGAGGGGUCCCAGAUGCGGGCAGCGCGAGGAGGAGGAGAGAGUGGGACUUCCCGACCGAUCACCCGGUCCAGGCGAAGCAAUAACAGCAGCAAUAAUUGCAUCCGACGGCUGAGCGUCAAUUACGGCUUUACAAAGUGCUUUCAUCCACAGUAAUCACCACUCUGUUUACAAAAUUUUCACCGGCCCCCGAGGGAGGUGUCAUUAUCUCCAUUUUACACGGGGGAAAUUAAGGCCCUGGGGGGCUGAAGGAUUCGUCCGCAGAAGCAGGCCUCCAGGUUCCAAAUGGGGAUCCCAGAAAAAGCCCUCAUCGCUUCCACGCACGCUCCAGGCGCGAGGAAGCCAGGGCGACCGGAGAGGAAGGAGGGACCGGGGAGGAAGGCGGUAGGAUCCGCAGGUCGGCGGCGAGGGUGGCACCCGGCCUGGAGUAGCCCCGCCUCCGGGUCAACCCGCGAUUCAUUCCGAGAGCUGAUUGGACCAGCCCAGAGCAUGUUCCAGAUCCCAGAGUUUGAGCCCAGUGAGCAGGAAGACUCCAGCUCCGCAGAAGGGGGCCUGGGCCCCAGCCCCGCAGGGGACCGGCCAGGCCCCUACAAGAAUCAACCACCAGGCUGCGGCUUGGCUCCAGGCCUCCCCAGGGACACGGGUCACCAGCAGCGGCAGGCAACCAGCAGCAGCAACCAUGGAGGCGCUGGGGCUACGGAGACCCGGAGUCGCCACAGCUCGUACCCCGCAGAUACCGAUUUGGAUGAAGGGAUGGAAGAGGAGCCCAGCCCCUUCCGCGGCCGCUCGCGCUCGGCGCCCCCCAAUCUCUGGGCUGCACAGCGCUACGGCCGCGAGCUCCGGAGGAUGAGCGACGAAUUCGAGGGCUCCUUUAAGGGACUUCCUCGCCCGAGGAGCGCGGGCACAGCGUCGCAGAUGCGGCAAAGCUCCAGCUGGACACGCUUCAUCCAGUCCUGGUGGGAUCGGAACUUGGGGAGGCGAGGCUCCGCCCCCUCCCAGUGACCGUCCCCACAUCCCGAACUCCACCGGUUCCUGUCGCCGUUGGCGACCAUCUUGGGUGUGGGCGGAAGUCUCCGCAGGCCUGUGCAGASGGGACCCUUCUGUCCCUCAGCUGGGAGGCGCGUGGGAGCGCAGAGGGUAGGUCCACGCAAGUUUUGAAGGUUUUCCGCCCACGGCUGGCCGCCCCGCCAGCGCUGGGCAGCCCCGCCCAAGCUGCAAGCCGGGAUUUAACCCUAAUUUCUUCGCCAAGGCCCUCCGCCGGGAAGCUGUGGGCCCAGCGACCUACAUGCUAAUAAAAGUCACACC